AUUCAUCAGGUGUGAAGUCAUGUCCGCGUCGGCAGAGCAGAGCUUAUUUUAGGCAUGUUCUCACAGCUUAACACUGGUUCCAGAUCCACAAACUCUCUGACAAAUGUUCCACACAUUUUCCGAAUGAUGUUCCAACAUGUUUCCCCCGCUGCUCCCCACCCCCACCUCAUCUCAUUCUUUUCCUGUAUGCAUGUGCAGUUUUAUAGACAAGAGGUCACCAGUAGUCAACUCUCCUUUCUUUCCCUCCCUCUGGCUGCUUCACUUAUCCACAGCACGUCUUGUUGUUCACAGACUUAGUGUGACUCAGUCUUAAUGUUGCUUCUGUCUUCAUAGCAGCUCAUUUGUUGGGAAAGAGUAGUUGUAGUUUUGAAAUCGCUUGUCGAGUUGAAAGGAGGCAGAGACCUGCACGUACGUACGCUGGGGAAGACAUAACGCAAAAGGAAGACGAAGCAAGGCCAGUUGUGGAUGAACCUCGCUUGGAUUCUUGAAGCACCACAUCACACAGAGGGACGUUAUUCAAAGAUCAACGAAGAGAGAGAGAGACAGAGAGAAACAGAAAGCAGAAGACUGGUGCCUUUUGAGAAGUGAACUAGCUUUCAGGGUAAUGAGCAAAGUGUGAACUUGUUAACUAGGCUUACUCUCUGUGACCUUAAUUUAAACUGAGGAUUACCCAUCUCGUCAGAGUUCCUGGUGAAAAGCCAAGGCUUGUUUUGCUUUGGGCAAACUCAAUAGAAGAAUUGGAAAAGAAACUUGCUGCUCAUUCCCUUGGAGGAAGCUUUUGCGUAUUUCCUUUGGCAAGGAACUUGAAGCGAUUAAAAAGCUAAUUUAUUUGGAGUGACUUCAAGAAAUGAAAAACACACCACAUUUACAUUUAUUUCCGUAAUGGAUUUGGAUCAGUUCUAUAGCCUAACCCUGGAGCAUGCUGUUUAUCUACCUGGAUUCAGCUCAUCAAAGGAGCCAAGAAUUUAUUGAUAAUCUCUGUUGUUCCAGGCAAUGGAGCUUCGUAAGAGAGUUAAGCUGAGCCGGUCAGGCCACAAUUUUGGGAGAUGCAACAGUGGCAUGAAGUUGGGGGGCGAAAGGUCUAAUGCCACACAGGAGGGGGUUAAGGGGGGGUUUUCUCUGCUUGGACGAUCUGGUACUUGUUCCGGUUCAGGCAUUCUACCCUGGUGGCCUUGGCAACAGGGGGUUUCCAUGGCAACAGGGCUGUUAAUGGCUGGGUUAUUGGCACUGACUCAAGCCUGGUGUGUCAACGCCAUACAUGAGAAUCUGCUGUGGUUCGCUCAGCUCACGGAAGUGGAACGGGAGAUCUCCUUUCGUACAGAAUGUGGACUGUACUACUCCUACUACAAGCAAAUGUUGCAGGCCCCUUCCAUACAAGAAGGGCUCUCAGAAUUGAUCCAUGACAACUUGACAGAAUCUAAGCGGACCAUUAAUCUCCUACAGCGAAUGAAUAUCUACCAAGAGGUCUUUCUCAGUGUUCUCUACAGACUGCUGCCCAUACAGUCAUAUCUGGAGCCAGUGUAUUUCUACAUUUACACUGUGUUCUCACUCCAAGCGGUGUAUGUCAUCGCUCUGUACCUCACAGCAUGGCUUCUGUCAGGUUCGUGGCUGGCUGGUACGCUCACUGGGGUCUGGUACAUCCUUAACAGGGUGGACACCACACGUGUAGAGUUCACCAUCUCCCUCAGAGAGAACUGGUCUAUGCCCUUCUUAGCGCUGCAGGUCACAGCCAUCACCUGUUACCUCAGACCUCAACUCACCACCUUGCAGCAGAAGGUGAUGGUGUGGUUGAUGUAUGUGACCACGUUCUGCUUCUGUCUUACGUGGCAGUUCAACCAGUUCAUUCUACUCGUUCAGGCUCUCAUCAUUUACACCAUGGACUGUGCUGACUUCUUAACAUCUGCACAGGUGACCACUCUCUACCUUGUACAAGUGAGCGGCCUGUUGAGUGUGUGGCUCCUCCAGUUCUGUAACUCCAUGAUACUAGGGUCACUUGUCCUGAGCUUCAUUGUGGCUGCACUCUUCAUCAGGCACUGCCAGUCUGCUCUGAAGACAGGCAGUCUGCUUGUUCGUCUGGGCAAAGUGCUUCUCCACAGCGCCAUGGUUCUCCUCCUCACCUUCACCAUCAACUACCUGGCCAAGAAGGCGCUUCAGCUCAGAUCAGACGAACACAUCUUCAAAUUCAUCAAGUCAAAGUUUGCCUUGGGGCCAACGAGGGAUUUUGAUGCCAAUUUAUAUCUGUGUGAAGAAGCCUUUGGCCUGCUGCCCCUGGACACACUGGAGCGCCUGGCUGGUACCCUGCUGUUAUACCCCUACAUCCUCACUGUGCUGCUGCUCAGUGGCAUGCUGGCUGUGGCAGCGCUGCAGAACCUGAGCCGGUCUAAAGGAGGUUCAGCUGAGGAGAAGAAAGGAGCUGGAGAGGGGCGAGUGGCGGAUUUUCGUCCAGAUGUGGCCUAUAAUGUGUUGCACACACUGUUCUAUGGCCUCCUGGCUUUCAGUACUAUGAGAAUGAAGUAUAUCUGGACGGGACACAUGUGUGCGGUUGCAGCUUAUGGUGUGUGUGGGACUGAGCUGUGGACUCUGCUUCUCAACGCCCUGCGGUGCAACACUAAAGUUCUGUUAAGGAUUGCCAGAUAUGGUGUUCCACUGGUGAUGUUCAGUUUCCUGUACUACAAGUUCUGGCCUAAGCUGAUGGAAGAGUUAUCAGAGCUGAGGGAGUUUUAUGAUCCAGACACUGUGGAGCUCAUGACCUGGAUUAGCACAAAGACCCCCAAGCAGGCAGUAUUUGCGGGAAGCAUGCAGCUCCUUGCUGGUAUCAAGCUGUGCACAGGCAGAGUUCUCACCAACCAUCCCCAUUAUGAAGAUAAAGACCUGCGGGAGAGGACCAGACAGGUGUAUCAGGUGUAUGCUCGCCGUUCCCCAGAAGACGUCUAUGACAUCCUGAAGGCUGUUGGAGCCAACUAUGUGGUGCUGGAAAAUAGCAUCUGUUACGAGCGGAGACACAGGCGAGGCUGCAGACUGCGGGACCUGCUUGACCUGGACAACGGACAUAUCAUGGACGGAUCCGGAGACAAUGACCCGGACCUCGUUCCUGCCGCCCACCCUCGAUUCUGUGAAGCCAUCAAGACGGACACAGCGGCCUACAAUGCACUGUUCACCAGAACAUUCCACAACAAAACCUUCCACGUGUACCGGGUCAACAAGAAGCGCAAGAAAAGCGCCAAGAGCUCAGCAGAGCCCAGCGUGGCUCCGUAGCAGGCAAGAAAACCCAGCAGAGGCCAGAGGUGGAGAAGAAGAAACAGAAGCACAGAAUCCUUGCUGUUCCUCUGUCUCCUUUCUGCACCGCACCCGGCUGUGAUUGUGCCCAUUAUUUUUUUCAAGACUUGGCUCUAUGAACUGCUGUGUGGGCCAGUGGACCAAGUCAAGCUUGGGGCUGUAGUGUUGUACUUAGUGGACUAUUGAAGCAACUAUACGAGUCCUGCGCUGGGCUCUUAAGUCCCUCCUCCAAGUAAAAAAACAAAACUAGAUAAAUUGAUGUGUAAAAGUUUAUGCGGCAAAAGACAACAUUCCAGCAUAUCCCCCCUCUAGCAUUUCCAAGUGGUAUCACCCUUUGUACUGCAGUCACAAAGACCACAGCCAGCAACAACCAACAAUAUGGGACACAAAACAAUCAUCACCAGCCUGAACAAGCAAAAGUGUCAAAUAUGAACAUAUAUUUUCCAUAUGUAGUAAUAUGGUAUAAAUAUGGAGCCUGGAGUAUUGUUUCCUGCAAAUGAAGAACUACAGUAGGGGUAGUAGUUAGGAUAGAAGAGAGAGAGAAGCCCUGACUUUAUUCAUCAUCGUAGUCUGCAAUGGAGAUGUUGAAUCAGAAAAAGUCUUUAGUACGUGUUCAGAAAACUGAACUGAGUUAGUGUCAGUAUUUUAACUGUUUACAAAAUGAAAUCAGAUGCAACAGAGAAGGUGGCAGUAGAACAUACUGGUGAAGAAAGGCCACUGGAACUCAAGGGACAGGUUUGUUUACAUAGUAUUAAUCACUACAACUAGAACAUAGCAUGCAUGAGUGACGUUAGCAUCACGGCUACUGCUAACAGCCUGGUGACUGUCCAAGACAAGAGACAACUGUAAGAUUUCCAGUUUGAACCUAGACCACAGGAAAAUAGUUGGCAGUGUUAAUGAAUAGGCAGGUUUAUUACUGAUCUAGUAGAAAUCAUGUCAAAUGAAUGUCUGGUUUGAAUCAAGUCAAGUCUUUCUCCAUUACACGAUUUAUGUUUCAAUUUAAAAAUGUCCAGGAGAUAUUCUACCUAGUGCCAGACAUAAUUGCAGAGUGAAUCAUUGUUACAUUGAGCAUCCAGCAUUGACUUCAUAAUGCAUAAUGGACCAGUACUUUAUGCACAAAGAAUGAUGUUGAAAUUUGUAAUACAUUGUAAAUACAAGUGCUUUUGUGUACAGUUCAGACUGUACUUGCUGAGCUUGUCUUAUGUGAGGAUUUGAAGUGACUUGAAACUGUAUCCAAAAUGGGUGUAACCCAACCCAGAGCUUUUCUUUUUUGUUCAUCAUAGAUUUUCAAUUUCUAGUUCAAACUGCCACUGUGCUGUUUUUGAACAGCAUCGAUUAAAGCUGAAGCACCAAGGUCUUUCUUAGUAGAAAAUGAAAUUGUAUUGAGUUAAGAGAUGUUCUGAUUUAGAUUUGAAAAUCCAUCCAGCUCUUAGUUGUAGUUCUCAGGGUGCGCUUUGGUAACUGUUCCAUGGUUUAACUCAUGGAGGUGGCUGUGUUAAUGUGCAGCCUCGGUAGCUGUUGUACCAAGCCAUGUGAAUUGGUUCUCAGGAUUGUAAAAUAAGAUAAUUAGGAUGAUUAGGCUGGUUGCACCGUGUCAUAAUGAAAUGAAAGCUGCACAUUUGGCACACGGUUUAGCUCCACCCCUGUGAGCAGCUGUUCCCUGUGUCUCGUGUGUCACUGGGCCUUUAGACAUCAUUUAACAGUUAUCAGAGUUCACUCUUGACCAGCUAAUAGAGUUCACAGCAACUUAAAUGUGGGUAAAAAGCCCCAAUGGAGACGCUUGACUAUUAGCUUGACUUUUUGCCAGGCUACGAUGAUAUGUGCUGACAAUUACCCGAAAAGAAAAAGGGGGAGAUAAUGAUGUUACUUUCCGUUGCCGCCUGGGUGCUUAGAUGUGUUUUUUGCCGUAAAAACUGAGGUCAAAGCUGGUACCAAGUGAAAUUUGUGACAGUGUUGUUGUUGUGAUUGCUGUCAUGUUUUUCUUUCUGUCGGCUCUGUGAUUCUCAUCAGCAACAGUCUCAACCUUUUCACUCUUGUCUCCCUCACACACACACACACACACACACACACACACACACACAUGAAUAAUGGAAGUGGCGAGGAAAUUGCAGCAGACUGACAACAGCGCUGAUUCCCCACCACAAUCCAGAAUAGUUUGAGGGAGUGGGUGGUGGAGGGGGGAGGAGGGCAACACUUGCAUAUCAAACUGAGGCUUUGUGGUGAGAGAAGAAAGUGUCUAGGAGGAGUGGGGAGGACUGGAAAAGGCUCAUGUUUAAACAGCAGCGGAGAAAUGAGAGUGCAUCAAAACAGAUUCACAAUGAUCUGAACCCUCUCCUCGUUUUCUUCUUCCAAUACAAACGGCAGAGAGGAGAGCAGGUGAAAGGAUGGAGCCAUGGUGGUAAUUAUUGGUUGGCCAGUCAGACACUGAGACAUUUGUGUGAAGAUGACACACACACACACACACACACAAUUUCCCCUGCCUCAUCUCAGUUGGCCUAUAUUUGUACACUUGUUAAUAAGGACCUGUGUGUUUGAUAAUCCAUACACUGGCAGAUGUGUGAACCCUCCUGCACAUAGUCAUGUCGAGGCUUUUGAACAGGCCAGGGCUUUUGUCGUUUGUUAACGCCGCGGCCUCAUUGUAAUGCAUACCAAUCGGAUCAGUGCGUGGAACAGCACCGCUUGUUCUUCCCCCUCCUGGCUUCAUAUUGGAUGUUUAAUUUAGGAGAUGUCUGAUUGCUUUAUUUGAGAGCGAAGUGAUUCCAUUAUGUUUGCCUAAUAAGAGUGUACUAAUGUAAUAUUUUUUUUCAGCACUGUUAAUUUCCAUACAUAUUGGGAUUAGCAGUUCAUUCAGAGGCACGCUGUCUGCCUAUGGUUUUCCUAAUGAAGAGAAGGCCGCCAUUAGCCUGCAGAAUCCUGCUCUACUUUACAGCACAGGGGGGUUGUUGCUGAAAUAAACUGAAGACACUUAAUAACUAGAGGGGCUUUGUGCAACUGAAGAACUGAAGGGGUUUGUUGGAUGUUGAACUGUUGCAUGUAAGCAGUCUAUAUUUGAGACAAUUUGUUACAUUUAUGAUCAUGUUUCCAAGGCCAAGAAUUGAA